CUCCGCCUCCGCCGCGCGGGGCGCGCCGGGACUCGCAGUUCUCCCUGCGCUGCGCGUCCGCGCCGCAUCCUGUCGGGGUGGGCGGGGAAAGCGGGCCUCGCGCGCUUCCUAUUGGCUGCCCCGGGCUUCCCGCGUGCUUGCGCCGGAAGUGGCGUACGGGAGGCGGCCGUUGGGCGGCGGAGACUUUGAACGGCGCCGGACCCGGUAUGGAGACGGCGGCGGCGGGCCGGCAGCGGGCCCUGCUCCGCCAGGUGCUGGGCUGGAGGCUGGCGGCCGCCGUCGCCUGGUCCGUGCUGCUGCUCCCGGUCUGCACCGCGGCCUUCGUCCUCCUCAGCGGCAUCCAGCCCCUGCGCCCGCUGCGCUGGCUCUCCGAAUCUUUCGAUGAUUUAUAUACUUCACAUGUCGUCUUUUGCGUCCUUCUUAUGUCUGUGGUGAUACUGGUAAUAAGCGUCUUCAACGUUGAGUUUUAUGCAGUUGUGCCAUCGAUCCCAUGCUCUCGAUUAGCGCUGAUAGGAAAAAUAAUUCACCCUCAGCAAGUUGUCCAUUCAGUUGCUCAUGCUAUAAUGGGAAUGUUGGUUGCUUGGUGCGCUGCAGUUAUGACAAAAGGGAAGUUCCAAUUUCUUGCUGUGCCCUGCACAAUUUCAGAAAGCCUCGAUGAUGGUGUUCCUCAGAUGUGCCUAAAUGAAUACCACCUCUUUUUUCUACUUUCUGGUGCUUUCAUGGGAUACUGUUACAGUCUCUUAUAUCUUAUUAACAAUAUGAAUUAUUUGCCGUUCCCAAUCAUACAGCAAUACAAGUACUUACGUUUCAGAAGAUCUUUGCCUCUCCUCGUUAAACACAGUUGUGUGGAAUCACUGUAUUUGGUUAGAAACUUCUGUGUUGCCUAUUACUUCUUUGGUUAUAUCCCAAAGAUGUGGAUAAGUACCACAAUGGAUCUUCGUAUAGACAGUAAAUUGCAUCCUCUUGACACUCUGUCUGGCCUAUUGGAUCUCUCCUUAUUUUACCAUGCCUGGUUGUCUGGUGUGUUUCUUCUGGUUACCUGGUACAUUGCAUGGUUGUUCUUCAGGAUCUAUGCUACAGAGACGCAUCACUUUCCUGUUCAGCCAACUUUUGCUGAGGAGACAGACCAAUGCCUGCCUAAAAUCUUAAGCAGCAACCCUCCACUUAUUAUAAAGUUUUUAGCCUUACAGGACUUGAUGUUACUUUCCCAAUAUUCUCCUGUUCGACGUCAGGAAGUCUUCAGCCUUAGCCAGCCAGGUGGGCACCCACACAACUGGACUGCGAUAUCAAGGGAGUGUUUGAGUCUUCUCACUGAUCUGACCCAGAGGCUGAUUGCACAGCAGGAAGCUGCAGCAGCAAAUGGGAGAGCAAAGCAGCAAGUGGGAGAGAUGAAAGUAUCUCCGCAGACUCCAGGAGCUGCGGUGGCAGAAGAUAUCCCUUUCCAGUUACAGAGGUCUAAUGUUAUUCCUAGAGCUGCCAUGUCUUCCCUGGUUAAAUCAUCCUUAAUGCCUUUAAAGGCAUCGCCUGGGUCUGAUAUUGGUUCACCUUUCAGUUCACCUGCUUUAAAUUGCAAGGCGGGAAUUCUGGAUUUAAACUCUCCUUGGCACGGAUCAGUCCAGAGUCCUCACAUCAUGCGCAGGGGACCAAAGCUGUGGACGUCAGGUUCAGGUCUGCAAAUGAAUGGUUCCCACCAUGAAUCCUUCCCAGUGCUCUCUGUUGCAAGAGUUGGCAGUGAGGCAGUACAGCCAAGUUUUAUUUACACAUGGCUCCAGAACAAGCAAGAACAGAUAAAAAACUUCUUAUCAAGACGAGUGCUGAUCAUGUAUUUCUUCAGCAAGCAUCCGGAAGCCUCCAUCCAAGCUGUUUUCUCUGAUGCCCAGAUGCACAUUUGGGCAUUGGAAGGUCUGUCUCAUUUGGUAGCAGCCUCCUUUACUGAAGACCAAUUUGGAGUUGUUCAAACUACGCUGCCAGCUAUCCUGAAUACUUUACUGACCCUUCAGGAGGUUGUAGACAGACAUUUCAAACUGCCUCAUGUUUCUAGCAAACCUCCUAGGAGUUCAGGAAGUCUGGUGGACACAUCCUACAAAACACUACGAUUUGCACUUAGAGCAUCUUUGAAAACAGCGCUGUACCGGAUAACCACUGUCUUUGGAGAACACUUAAAUGCAGUGCAAGUCUCUACAGAACAUAAGAAAAGACUUCAGCAGUUCUUGGAAUAUAAAGAGUAAACAUCAGCUUUUGAUACAGCUACGGUUUGUUUGGCACUUCUGGUAAGAAGAAAGCGGGACUACUGAGCCUUUUUAUCUUGUAUUGUUGGAAAAACAUGUGGAAGCACAAGUUGCAGAAUGAAACUCUUAAAAUUGUAGAAAAUCUCUUCCAGUUUUGGGGAGAGCUCAUCUUUUGUACAAUAAAAUGUCUUAAAAUUCA